UGAUGGCUUCACAGCCACGCCCCACGCGUCCUCUUCGUUUAUAUCCGCAACGUGCGGCUGCCGAUUCGUGUUUAUGAUUGAGAUUCUAUCUCGUCGAUCCUGCAAUUAAUCGAGCCAUUUUUGCCCGUAUCGAUCGAUCUGGUGAUCAUUCAUGGCGAUGCAGGCCCAGCAGCAGCUUCCCUCCAAUUUCUCCUCCUUCCCGGCGGAGUUCGGCGGCGGCGCUGCGAUGGAGGAGCUGCUGAUGGUGGAGGAGUUGCGCCGCCUGCUAGGCGUCCGCGACAAUGUCGCCGUCGGCCUUAGCGACCCCCCGCGCAGCGAGCUCACCGGCAACGGCUCCGGCACGAGGGCGAAACGGGCGCGAGAGGAGGAGCCGACAAGUAGCCAUCUCGACGGCGGCAGUCAAUUCCUCGGCGACGCCUCCUCGGAGGCUGCUGGCUUCCGUAGCCUUUACACUUCCACCAGCGGCCGCCCCGCCGAAGCUCCUCUCUCGCAAGACCUUGCCACUCUUCUCUGCCAGCAAAAUACGGAGAUCGACGCCCUUCUGCGUCUCGAGACGGAACGAAUGAGGAGUGGGUUGGAGGAGGCGAGGAAGAGGCAUUACAGGGCCCUGAUUUGGGGAGUGGAACGGAGGGCCGCGAAGCGCCUCCGGGAGAAGGAAGCGGAGCUGGAGAAGGCGCGGCGGCGGAACGCGGAGCUCGAGGAGUGGGUUCGGCAGGCGAGCACGGAGAGGCAGGCGUGGCUCAGCGUUGCCGAGAAAAGCGAGGCCGUCGCCGCCAGCCUCCGCGCCAGCCUCGACCAGGUCCUGCUCCAGAACGCCGCCGCCGCGCGGGCUAAGGAAGGGUACGGCGACACCGAGGAGGAGGAGGUGGAGGACGCCCAGUCGACGAGCCCGGAAAGAUACCGCGCAGCAUUUCCGGACGCCUCCAGGAAGUGGUGCAGGUCGUGCCGGCGGGAGGAGGCCUCCGUCCUGCUGCUUCCUUGCCGCCACCUCUGCUCGUGCCGAGACUGCGAGGCCGAGAUUCGCACGUGCCCCGUGUGUGGAUCCGACAAGAACGCCUCGCUUCAGGUAUCCACGUCGUGAAAAAUAUAUAUAUAUAUAUAUAUAAUUAUUUGUUCAUGGUGUAUUUUGAAUUUUAAUUAAUGGACAUAAUGGUAUAUUUGUUA